CAUCAUCUUGUUCGGGGGGCGCCUCUUCCAACAAUGGGCUGUUGAUAUGUACAUCAAGAUAGAAACUAUGAGGCUUGACUGGUACUCGAAGCCGAGCAAUCAAAAGACUAUACGAGCUGACCUCUACCAGGGUCUUGUUGACACCAUUGAUGCUGGCGAGGCACGUGGGGAUCGGAUUGGCAAAAGAAUUGUGCUCCCACCGAAGUUUUCCAAGCGUGUGACAGACAUGCAGAGGAGGUUCCUUGAUGCUAUGGCUAUAGUCCAACGUUGGGGUAAACCGGAUUAUUUUAUCACCAUGACUUGCAACCCGUAUUGGGAGGAAAUAACAGAGAAACUAUUGCCCGGUCAGCUGCCACAAGAUCGUCCAGAUCUGGUGGCAAGAGUUUACAAGGCUAAGCAGCGAGAUAUGAUGAAUUUGUUGACCAAGGGUAAGCAUUUUGGAGCAAUCGCAGCUUAUGUACAUGUGACCGAGUUUCGUAAAAGAGGUCUGCCGCAUGAGCAUAUCCUUCUUAUUAUGAAAUCAGAUAGCAAGUUAAAAAACCCAGAUGACUAUGAUCGGGUGAUAUCUGCCGAGAUACCGGACAAAGAGAAGUUCCCUGUUCUACAUGAUCUGGUAGUCAAACACAUGUUGCAUGGACCCUGUGGUGCGUUGAAGAAAAGUUGUCCUUGCAUGAUUGAUGGAGAAUGUCGUUUCCAUUAUCCUCGACAAUUUUGCAGCCAUACACAACAAGGAAAAGAUUCAUAUCCCAUCUACAGAAGGAGGGAGGACGGGUGUGUAGUUAAGAUCAGAGGAGCAGAAUUGGACAAUAGAUGGGUGGUCCCUUACAACCCUUUUCUUCUCAUGCGAUACAACUGCCACAUUAAUGUUGAAGCUUGCUCGAGCAUCAAGGCGGUCAAGUAUUUGUUCAAGUACAUCUACAAAGGACAUGAUAGAACAUCAUUUGCAUUCGAGAAGGAUGUCAUCAAUGCCGGGGGAAUCAUCAAUGAAAUUCGUCAGUAUAGGGAUGCACGCUAUAUAUCUCCUCCAGAGGCUAUUUAUAGGAUUUUCUGUUUUCACAUGUUUGGUGUUAGUCCGUCUGUUCUGCAACUCCAACUUCAUUUGGAGAACAUGCAUACUGUUGCCUUUAAAGCAUGUGAUAAUUUGGAAGAUGUUGUUGCUAAACCAUCGUCUUCUAAAUCCAUGCUUACCGAGUACUUUGAUAUGAACCAUAAAAAAAUACACAAGACACAUGUACCGUGA